CCGUUUUAAUGAUUUUGAUUUUUAUGCUUUCAUUCUAAUGUCGCACACACCUAUAUAUCUAUUCAAUAUAUAGUCUUAGGCAACAAUAUUAAAUUGUUAGUAAUCAGUAUAACUUCAUUCCACUGAAAUAAUAAUCUAACUUUCAUCCAUUCCAACUUAAUAAUCUUAAAUAAUGUGAUGUCAAAAAAAUCUUAAAUAAUAAAUGUCAAGAUUUGUAUCCAUUCCAACUUGAUUUAAUUUUGGUCAAGAUUUUUGUUUUUAUUUGUAAAAAGCUUUGUAUCCAUUCUAUUAAAAUAGGACCAUUUAAUUAAUUGCAUAAUAUGACAUAUUUGAUUAUUACAUCAACCAAUUAAAUAUACAACAUUUCUAAAAGAUAAGCUUAUUAAUAAUAAAUAAGGUUUAAAUAUAAAUCUGAAUUUUAUUCUCAGUUAUAACAAAAUCUGUUGAAAAAAAUCUAACAAAAACCUACUAAAUUUUUAAAAUAUUUUUAUUAAAUAAUGAAUUAUUUAAUUUUGUAAUUAGUAGUAUAAUAUUAUUAUAAAAUAAUGUUAACUAAACUUAUAUUAUAAAAAGUAAAUUCUAAGUUAUUUUUAAUAAAUGUUAUAAUUAUAGUCUAUAUUAUAAUAAAAUAAAAAUAUCCUAUGAACUAAAUAUGAAAAACUAACCUAUUUUAUUAUUUUUAAACACUUUCAUUUAAAUAAAUUAUCUUUCACCAUUAAACGGGUUAAAAAUUGUAAACUAUGUAAUAGUUUUCCACAAAAAUAAAAUAUUAAUAUAUGUUAAAAUUUUAUACUACAGCUAUAAAUCUUUAAAAACAUAUUUAGAAGAAGAUUCUCUAUUUGAUUAUUUCAAAUUAUGAAUUUACUGUACCAAAUUCAAAAAAGUCAUAACAAUCAAUAAAAAUGUAAAAUGUAUAAAAUAAAUCACUGUACAAUAAUAAUUUAAUAAGAAACAUAAACAAUGAAAUUAAAAAGUUACACAAUAAUAUAAAAAUAAAAAGUAAAUAAUACAUUUAAAAAUGUUAUGAUAAUAAUAAAGGUAUAUUAAUAAAAUGAAAAAAAAAUCUGCACGCAUUUACGGGUUAAAGUAUAGUUAUUAAAGAAAAAAAUGUGAAAGGUUAUAGUUAUUCCGUCUAUCUGCUUCACAUAUAUUUUGACAUUACUUUUCACAUGUGUAAAAAAUCAUUUAAGCAUCCUAAUAUAUACUCACAUUUCAAACAUAGUGAAUUAGAACUUAAAUUUUGAAUUAUUUUUAAAAAUCAGAUUUUAAAUUUCAAAUAGAUAGCUGUAUAAACACAACAAUCAUCGUAAUGUGAGUAUCGUUCAAAUUGGAAUAUCAUUCAAAUUUAUACAUUUUAAGCUAGACUUAAAUUUUAUACACAGAAGUUACUAAUUGCGGUGAUGGAUUUAUGCUAAUUGCAGUGAUUUGAAACCGAACCGGCCGGUCGGGUUGCACUGUGACUUGCUCUUCUAGCCGGUUCCGGGUUGUGUUAAAACCGGAUUUGAAUUAAACUGUAAAUCAUGUCAAAUACAUGUUUAAAACCGGUGAUCUGGUUCGAUAUUAAAACAUAGUUCUCUUGAAUUCAAGUUUAAACAAAUAAAAAGUUACAAAAUCUAAAAAUAUUUCAUAAAAAUAUCAUAUUCUUUUCAGUAUCUAUCUAAAUAAAUUAGUGUUUAUUAUAGUUUAAUAUAUUAAAACCUGGUUCUUGGAAUUCAGGUUUAAAAAAAAGUUUAGAUUUUAACAAUGAUAUAAAAAUUUUGAUAAAUAAUUUUAUAAUUAUAUAUAUAUAUAUAUUUUUAUUUUAUUUAUAAUUAAAUUAAAAUUUAAAACACGGUUAAAUCGGUCCGACCAUUGUCCUAGCUAAUAUUCCUAGUCAAUGUCUGGUCUGAUUUCAAAACAUUGGUUAAUUAUUUAAUUUAUAUCUAUUUGUAGUGCACAUUAUUGUUAUGUUGUUAUGGUGAUAAUAUUUUAUUUAUUUAAUGUAUUUACUAUUGUCAUUCAUAGCAAGGAUUUGUAAAGUUUCAAAAAUAUUAAGUUUGUGUUUUAUUGUUUUGAUAGAGUGAUUAAUGUUGUCCAUAAAAUUUUUGGAUGUUUUUUAAGUGAGUUAUUGUAAAUAUACAUUUUAAGAAGAUUUAUUUUAUGUUCUUAAUAUAAUGAUUCGUAGAAUUAGUUUGUAACAAUAUCUUUAAACAUUGAGGAGUAUUAUCUUCUAAAGUUUGUCAGGAUUGCCGUAUAAAUCAUAUGCCAGACUUGUAAUUCUGCGACUUUCAACCUAUUAGAUUUGGAUAUGUUAUUUGUUUAAAAUUUGUAAUUUGUUUUGUGAUUAUUCAAUAUCCAUAGAUAAAUUAUUAUAGAUUAGAAAAUUUAGAAUUUCAAAGAAGGACAUGUGUCACAAAAACCCCGUACCACUUGUCAUGAGAUAAGAAAAAAGUGAACUUUAUAUAUAUAGAUAUUAAUGAUUACAUAAAAUAAAUAAAUAAAUAUAUUAUUAUUAGUAGAUUUUAUUGAAGUUUAUGCUUACAUUUAUGUUUUAACAAUUUGCAUUGAAGUUUUAUUAUUAGUAGAUUUUAUGUUAAAGUUUUUAAAAAUUGUUUUAUUUUGGGUGAAUCCUAAUUAAUUUCACCAUAAGUUUAAUACUUCUUUUCAAAUUAAUAUUUAAACGAUAAUUAUUUUUAUAAAUACCAUAAUUUUGUGAUGAAAAAGACUAAACUAGUUUUAAAUCUAAUUAUAUAAAAAUAUGUUGCCUCCCUCCUGGUGAUGCCACGUCACUAAUUAGGUGAUUCUGAGCGCGCCACGUGUCCACUUGACCAAAACGAAGCGCUCCAUUUACGGUAAGUAAUAGAAAUUUGUGGGCUUUAUGGUUAUGUUAAGAAUUAAAGCCCAAAAGACCCUUUUGUCUUUAUCGUCUACAUACUGCAAUCUAGGGUUUAUGUCCUUUCUCGAUGUCUGAUACCUAAGAAGCUUCUUCUGCGUUCUUUCACACCUUCAAUGGUGUUUCGAGAUGGAUGACUGAAAUCAUGAUGAAGAAUCUCUUUUUUUUCCUCCACUCGCGUCGUUUAGCUUUCUACUCAACCGAAACCGUUAUAGAUUCAGCGCCAUUACGGUCUCAAAUAACUCCAUCUCCCCCACUCCUUCCACGAUAUCACAUUCAUUACAUCUUCCAUUUUCUUCCACUCGGUGAUUUUGGAGCUAUAAAUAGCUUAGUUUGCCUUCGUGAAAUUCAUCACUUUGUUCCUCACAAUCAUAUUGACACCAAAACCUUUCGCAGAGUAUAGUGGCAAACUUCUCUCUCCUUCUUGCUGACUUCAAAGACAAUGACUGCAGCACCACCGCCGAACUGCGGCUUCUGGAGUUUUGGAGGACAGAAAUGUGACAAAUCCUCUGUUCCGACAAUCCACUUCACCAAUCCUUCGUUCUCUUUCCGACCACACAAGAAGAAGUUCCUCGAAAGUACCUUGAUCCAAGUGAGAUUAGCUUAUAUCCUUGCCUACACCUGAAAACGAGUUCCACUAUUUUAGAAUCUCUAAUCGGUGUUGUAGAUAUCCUCAAGUAUAUGAUUCUCAUGCUCAAAGUGUUCUUAAGAUUAUGUUCAUAGUCUUCUUAAACUAAACAUUAUGAAACUGUUAUUCAGAUCUUGAUUAACCAUUGUCUGAAAGAUUUAUUUAGAAAUCGUUUGUGAUAGUAUGUUUAUAGUGAACUUCCAUGAUCUCUCUAUUUUUAUUUAUCUGUUGAUCUUUUUAAUGAUGGUGAAUUACAGGAGACAGGGCUAGAGCCAUAACGACUCCAUCAGAUCUGACUGUGUCGGGCAGAUCUUCGGAGAAUCUCACGGCGAUUCUUGCUUGGUUCAACAAUAGCGGCAGUGAAGAUGGUGGUAUUAACAAGUGUGUGAUCGAGAGGUUCGACAAGGAAGCUGCUGAGAUGUACAAGAGGUCCUUCAAGUACGUUUGGGUGUUGGGUAUCACCAUUGAUAUUGCUCUCCCGAAGUUUGAGCCCACUAAGUAGUAUUGCACUGUCAUUGAUGCUUACGGCAAUCUUAAUAUCAUCAAGAACAUGAUUAGAGGUACCUCAUUGUGCUAUUCUUAUCAUUGACUCCACCACUCUGGUUUUGAAGCUGGUAUCUUUCACAAGCUUUGUUAAUAGAUUAUUAACCCCUUGAUUUGCUGGUUGUGUCUCUUGGAGGGAUUAGCUGAAGUCGACUGGAGACAGAAGAGAGAGCUUCUUUUGGAGAAAAAGGUAUGCACGCACAUCAUUAUGUCUGAUCAAUUACUCUAAUAAGCAAUGAUCAAAUUGUAACAAAGAAUGUUUGGAUUAUUGACUUUUUUGAUGUUAGGUGAAAGGCGUGGACGUGAAGGAAGCUCUUCGGUUACAGAAAGAGAACAACUUUGUGAUUUCUGAUGUUAGACCAGAGGCAGAGUACAAGGAUGUGAGCAGUAAUACGCUUUCUGAUAUGAUGAUCUCUUUGUAGCUUACUUAAUGGUGAAUUCAUGUGUGUAAAUGCUGAAGGGUCAUCCUCCAGGAGCUAUCAAUGUGGAGAUGUACAGACUGAUACGGGAAUGGACGCCAUGGGACAUAGCUCGCCAUCUUGGAUCUGCUUUCUUCGGUAUCUUCUCUGGCACUGAAUAGAAUCCAGAGUUUAUUCAAAGUAUAUGCUCUUUAAUGAGAUCAAAAGCUUUGUAUUCAUUUACCAUUGAUUGCUGUGAAUAUACUCUGUCUGUUGAUAUGCUGCUAAAACAGAUGCACGUCUUUUGUUGUUUGAUGUGGUAAUUUAUCGAAUCAACCUUUAGAAUGUUUUGAUUUUACAAGUUAAUCGUUAUUUAUUUACUUACUAAGCAAUGGGACCUAAUGGUAAUUGCAUUUAUCUAUAUUCCUUUCCUUUUCAGCAGAAAACUAACAUGAAAAUCACAUUAACCUUGCAUAAAUGUCAAGACUAUUAGUAUUUAUGAGAAUUGAACUUAUCGCAUAUCAAAACUAUACUAAAAGCAGCAUAUAAGGCUCUAUGGAGGUGUCCACGUCGGAUGAUAUAUUCAACCAGUCAUAUUACACAAAACGGCCACGUCAUUACGAGGUUACAAUGGUUUGGGUUCGUAUUUUCGGCCCGUUUUAUUUGUUGAUUUUAAUGGUUUGGGCUUAUGUGUAUUAGGCCUGUUUUUCUGUAGGCGAUGGCCCAUGGGUGGUUGAUGAGUUAGGCGUCGUAUGUCGUAGCCUCAAUUGCGUCGUCACCUUCCUUUCCACUUCUAUCUCUGCCGUUUCUCACCUCUCCAAAUCCGAAUCGACGAGUAACUUCACCACUAGCUUUUGUAAUCAAACCUCCUCACCAUUAACUUCUCUAAUCAAAUCUUGCUUUAACCCAUUUAAUGGAUUCUUUUCGUCUUCUUCUCUGUUUUACUAUUUAUAAAUCUCUUCUCCGAUCUCAUGCCUCCAUCAAAGCUGUUACGAUUCUCUCAAAUACUCAUCCCGAUGGAGCCUACCCGUAACUCUUCAUCCUCCACCGAACGCACGUCCGGCAAGAAGACCGUCGUCUCCUCUGCGUCUGCUAAGCCAAACGGAAAGUCUAUUGUCGUCUCCUCUGCGUCUGCUAAGCCAAACGGAAAGUCUAUUGCUUCCUCUGCGACUGCGAUGACUCCUAGCGCGCAUGCGUCUGUUGGAACCGCCAACCCGAUGAACCCUGAAGCUACCACCGGUCUCUCAUCCGCUCAUCGCGACCAAGUGAUGUUGUUCAGGGAUGUUUCGCUGGGCCCACAGGAGGCCGAGUUGAGGUUCCGGCUGAUUCACUUAUGGGAGGCUCGAAAUCCAAAUACCAAAAUUCUCAUUGGUCAAGAGAUGCUCCUUAUCGACGAAGAGGGAACUGUUAUUCAGGGUUUUGUUCCGGCUGGUCGUGUAGGAACAUUUGAUCUCUCAGCUGGUUCCGUCUAUAAGUUGACCAACUUUUUCGGAUCCAGAAGCAAAAUUCAGUAUCGGGUUGCUGAUCAUAGCGCCACCGUUUCAUUCUCUUGGAAUUCUUCUUUGUCGGUCUUUGAGAAUCCUCCGGUUCUCUUUCCAGUAGAUAGGUUCAGGUUCCACAGCUACGAUGAGUUUAGGGCCAACUGUGACUCCAAGGGUGAUCUUUAUGACUAUGUUGGCCACAUGAAGCUGGUGAAUGGGCAAACUAUCUCUGAACACAUGGUUCUUGACGAAGCUGAUAUAGCAGAGAAACGGCAUCUGUGUGUUCAUGUUCAGGCACUUGACGGACCAGUGAUGAAGCUCUAUCUAUGGGACCAGGCUGCAUCCGACUUCUGCCAGAAAUUCAAAUCGUAUGGAGGGACUCCAAGCGUUCUUCUGGUCACCACAGUGAAUCCUAAGCAUCUUGGAGGAACCCUUGCUAUCACUUCUAUGUCCUCAUCUCGAGUGUUCAUGGAUUCCGACGUCCAGCCUAGCAAGGACUAUCUCGAAUGGUUGAAUUCUAACGCAGAAAUUGCUAAUAGUGUUGCUGCUGAGGUUGUCACUAAGCCGGAGGCAGUGACUCUUGAGGAGCUAUUCACCUACAUCAAGCAAGAAACUUCAAAGGUACAAUAUUUUUUUAUUUUUUUAAUGUUUUUAAAUACGUUUGCAUGUGCAUGGGAACUAAUGAGGUUUAUUUUAAUUUCCACGAUGAAGGUCGCUUGGUUUGAAUGCACGGCAACAAUAGAUGAUGUUGUCCGGGGUUCUCCUUGGUAUUACAUUUCUUGCGGUGGAUGUAAUAGCAAGGCUUUCAAAGGUCAUACCUCUAUGAUUUGCAACAAUAAGAAGUGUUGGAAGACUGAGAUCACAGGCGUUCCUCAGUACCUCACAAAGAUAUCAGUUUAUGAUAAGAGUGAGCAAGCAGUUUUUGUCAUUCUUGGCGAUGCUGGCAAGGAGCUGAGUGGGAAACAUGCUGCAGAAUUGGUUGCUACUUAUUUUGAGUCUAAUGAAGGAGUUGGAGCUGAUCAUUGUGUGCCGAUCCCGCAAGCUUUACUUGACACGAUAGGCCAGACUCGCAAAUUCAUCGUCAAAGUCUCGGAUCACAAUUUCUCAGGCAAGACUCAGACCAUAACUGUAACGAAGAUACUCCCACUGGCAGUUGCACUUCCAGCAACAUCCGAGGAACCUGGUGCUUCCAGUGGCUUUGGAAACUCUGCGGGUGAUAGGGCUAGAAAAGCAGCUGAGAUUCUUGAGGCAGAUGAGGCCAAGCGGUGCAAGAGUGGCUGAUAUAGCUUCAAGCUCUCCUCAUACGCAGUGAUUGUUUUUGCUGCAGUUCGAGUUAUGUUUUAUGCUUUCUGAAUGACUUUGCGUUUUUUUCAUUUCAACUUUCAGACUUUUGUCUUUUAUGUUUAAGUUCCUUGAAUACAAUUUUCAUUUUAUGGUUUUUACGAUCUCUUAAGCCAGUUUACUUAUCUUAUUUUGAACUUUUUAAUAGUUAGUAGGGAUUAGCUUAGUUUAUAGGUGCUGAGUCGUCUCCUUACUACAUUAAGCACAUCAGUGGCUUCAGAUGCAGAAUCAGGAUUAGUAACAGGAUAUGAGGAAUGGUUAGGGGCGUGGAUCCAUAGGCAUGAAUCUGUAUUCACAGUUUGGAUACUAAUUUUUCAUUUCAGAAUAUUUUAAAGAAUCUUUCACAUAGCUUUAUAUAGUCUAAAGCAGACACACAACCCAGACUUAUUUUGUUGCAUCAUAAUUAAGCAUCUAGAUCUCAACAAAAAAAUAAGCUUGUGAUCACAAAACAUGACAAAUAUGAAGAUUAUAUACUGUUGCGCUCACUUAUAUGUCCUAAAUCAAACAAAAGUACAAACCUGCAUUGCAUGCCGAUCUAAUGAAAUUGAAGUACGUCUUACAUAUUUAAAAAAAAAUUAAAUCUUUUUAAUUAGUCAUCCGAAUAUUUAUAUUUAUGGAAUAUUUAUAUACAUGGAGUGAGGGUUACUGAUCUAUUCUUUAAUAAUUAUUAAAAAUUUAACCAUAUUAUUCAAAAAAUUUAAUAUGAUAUAAAUAAAAAAACAACAAUACUUAAACUUUAGUAGUAUAGAACAAUAUACAUGUGGACAAUAUAUGAAUUAAUAUUUUUACAAUCAGAACAUUUUAUUUUAAAAAAUAACUAACUCAAAAUUUUCCAGUGCUAUAUGGAAAAAAUAAAUGAUAUAAUCCAAAAAUUGAAUAAAUACCUUUAAAGGAAUAUUGAUCAUAUGAAAAUGUGUUAGUAUAUUUUUCAUAACUUUUAGCUAAUUAUUUUGAAAAAAAACAAAAAAAUUAAAAAAAAAUAUGUACAACUAUGUACAUGUUAGACAGGUUUCUAUAAGUCAGUUUUAAACCGAUAAUGUAUUCAAAAUUAGUAUUACAUAAACACAUUUCCUAUUCCUGGAGGUCAGCAGAAGCCAAAAAAAAAACCAAAACCAAAAAAUCAUUAUAUAAGAGUU